GUCAGCACAACCAAGAAGAUGGAAACCCUUCAGCUUUUCGUGGUUCUGCUCUCCGUGUGCAGCCUGUCCUAUAGCAAAGAAUGCCAACCAUAUCUCAUGGAGAACAUAGAUUUCCCAGGAACAGACAUAACAUUCCUCUACUCUCCCGAUGUCAAACACUGUCAGUAUCUGUGCACCCAGCACCCCUCCUGCCUCUUCUUUACCUUCAUUCGACAAGACUGGACAACAGAUAACAGGAACUUUUACUGCUACCUUAAAUCCACUCCCACUGGACAGCCUAAUGUCCAGACUCCACUACUUGGUGUCACCUCUGGCUUUUCUCUCAAAACCUGCAACUUAAACUCAAAACCAUGUCUGUCUCAGGUUUACCAGAACAUCGACUUCUACGGAUCAGAUUACAGAUUCCUGUUCACGUCCAGCUCUGAUGAGUGUCAGACAUUUUGCUCCAAAGACCCGAACUGUCACUUCUUCACUUUUAUAAACGAUGCCUACACACCAGAGAAAUACAGGUAUAAAUGUCACCUUAAAUACAGCUGGUCGAUACCACGGACUCUUAUAGUAAAGAAAGAGGUUGGCAUAGUAUCUGGAUUCUCUGAACAGCUACAAAUGAGUCCAUAUUUGGAGCCAGCGUGCCAGAGGAAGCUUUUUGCAAACACUAAUAUCCCAGGAAACAACCUGGAGACCCUGCCUGCUGCCGGUGCUGAGCACUGUCACGCCCUGUGCUCUGCUCAUCCAACUUGCACCUACUUCACUUAUAACAACAAUGACUUCAACUGCUACUUGAAGAAGAAUCCAAAUGAAAUGGUGAAGGAGGCCAAAGUGGGCGUCACGUCUGGGAUCCCAUCGCGUUUCUGUCAGCUGGAUAAUGACUGGCUGAAGGUGGAUUAUGACGGAGUGCAUUUCCAAGGCUCUGACAUUCGCAACGUGACGAUGGAGAAUGCAGACAAAUGUCGGAAGGCAUGCACUGCAGAUCGUCAAUGCCAGUUCUACACCUACUUUAAAGAUUCACAUUCCAACAGCGAUUACAGGGGACUCUGCUUUAUGAAGAGUGUCAUCACCAUUUCAGCUCCUCCUAAAGUGUCCAAACUCAACAAUGUUGUGUCUGGAUUCCCCUGAAGAGCAAAUGCUAACAUGUCACCACACUGGAUCACCUGCUUUUUUUGGGGACUCUGCUUUAUGAAGAGUGUCAUCACCAUGUGGGCUCCUCCUAUAGUGUCCAAACUCAACAAUGUUGUGUCUGGAUUCCCCCUGAAGAGCAAAUGCUAACAUGUGUGUAAUACAUGUGUACAGAGCAAGAGUGACAACCCUCAUGCUCCCAGCAUUAUACUUCUCCUAAAAUAAAUACAUUUCACCAAUGCAUAAUGUCUCUGGGUUUACUUCACUGUAUUGAACUCAAGCAGAACUGUUACAGUCUGCAGGAAAACAUUGUAAGCAGCAAUAGAAAUAGUGCUUUAAUUCAAAGGAAAAAAAAACAUAUAUGCAAAAGAAAAUAUAACAUUUCUUUAUCUUUUGGUCCCCUUUUCUUACAUGUGAGCUGCCAAACAUACAACAUGACAGAAUUUACAGUGGGG